UUGGGUGUGGGAUCCGCCAUUAAAUCCGACAAGAAGAAGACCACCGUUCAUAUUUUACCGACCUAGCUAAACACCGGAGCAGUCAGCGAAAAGAGAAGCCGUUAGCUGAAUCCAAACAACGACAGAAAACCCCCGAGGAGUUAGCUAGCUAGUCUGUUGCUCCGAGAUGGACCGACGCCGGAAACAGAAGCUGCGAGGAGAAGCUAUACCAUCAGAUGUCCAGAAAGUGAUUGUUGGUGAAGAACAUCAGCAGGAUUGGAGCUCCAGUCUGGACCAGGACACAAAGCCCCCACCCAUUAACGAGGAACUGCGGAUCAGUCGGGGCGAAGAGCAGCUUCAAGGGCUAGAGGAGGCUGAUAUGACCAAGUUCUUUGUCCCAAUGAAGAGUGAAGAUGAAGAAGAGAACCCUCAGUUCUCACAACUUCAUCAAAGACAAACUGAACAGAUGAAAACAGAAGCUGAUGGAGAGGACUGUGGAGGACCAGAACCAGCCAUGAACUCAGAUCCAGAUACACAUUUACAACCAGAUAUUGUUGACAAGACUGGAGACUCUUCUGAAUCUAAGACUUAUGACAAUAAUGACUGGAAGGAGACCAGAGAACCCCAGUCAGGUUUAAAGUCUCUGAAUAAUGUUGAAGUCCCGGUCAGUGAUCUGAGAUGUAGUACUGGUGAGACUGAGUGUGGGCAAAGGUUUGGCACUAGUGGACAUCUGAAGAGACAAAUGAGAUCUCAUACAGGAAAGAAACCGUUUAGCUGCUCAGUCUGUAAGAAAGUGUUUACAGUCAGUGGGAGUUUACAAACACACAUGAGAACCCACACAGGAGAGAAACCGUUUAGCUGCUCAGUCUGUAAGAUGGCUUUUACAGUGAGCGGACAUUUACAUAGACACAUGAGGAUCCACACAGGAGAGAAGCCAUUUAGCUGCUCUUUCUGUAACAAAGCUUUUAUACAGGGUGACAAUUUACAGAAACACAUGAGAGUCCACACAGGAGAAAAACCAUUCAGCUGCUCCAUCUGUAAGAAAGCUUUUACACAGAGUGGAAAUUUACAGAAACACAUGAAAAUACACACAGGAGAAAAGCCGUUUGCCUGCUCCGUCUGUAAGAAAGCUUUUACAGCGAGUGGCUGUUUACAUAGACACAUGAGAAUCCACACAGGAGAAAAACCAUUUAGCUGCUCCGUUUGUAAAAAAGCUUUUGCAGUAAGUGGAAGUUUACAGAAACACAUGAGAAUCCACACAGGAGAGAAGCCAUUUAGCUGCUCUGUCUGUAAGAAGGCAUUUACAGAGAGUGGACAUUUACAGACGCACAUGAGAACCCACACGGGAGAGAAACCAUUUAGCUGCUCAGUCUGUAAGAAAGCUUUUACAGAGAGCGGGCAUUUACAGAAUCACAUGAGAAUCCACACAGGAGAAAAACCGUUUAGCUGCUCGGUCUGUAAGAAAGCUUUUACAGAGAGUGGAAGUUUACAGAAACACAUGAGAAUCCACACAGGAGAGAAACCAUUUAGCUGCUCCGUCUGUAAGAAAGCUUUUACAGAGCGUGGAAGUUUACGGAUACACAUGCGAAUCCACACAGGAGAGAAACGAUUUAGUUGCUCAGUCUGUAAGAAAGCUUAUACAGACAGCGGGAGUUUACGUAAACACAUGAGAACCCUAACGCAUGUUAAAAACCAUUUAGCUGUGUGAAGUGGAGCUGCCGUCUGAAAGGAGCGGAGAACCUUGAUCUAACGUAUAAACACUAACAAAUGAAUGAAAUCUUUAAAAGUUAUGAGAUGUCAUACUCUGUGGGUCCUUUUUUUUUUUUAAAGGUCUAAAAUCCAAAAACUAGAACGUUAGACUUUAAAAUGUCUUAAGUGUGAUUUUUGACAGGUCGUAAAAACAAAUUGGAUUAUGAAGUAACGUGACCGUUGAUAUCCAUGGAACUCCAAAUAUGAACUCAUUUAUCUAACUUAUAUUAGACUUGUUCAUAGGGAACUGCCACCCAACUCAGUCUCCAUUAAGUGUGAAGUGCUGUGAUAUCACCAACCCUAUAAAAGUACCAACUGCUAUUGUUCUUGACUCUUCCUCUACUCCAGAAGGAGCAACAAUUCCACUGCAUCUCUCAGCAGGGGGGUCCAGAUCAGCUCCCAGCUAAAGCGUGGCCUACUGAAAGUAGCCCAACACAGAAAUUCUUUUUCAAGUUCUUUUGCCUGCUUAGAACCACAAUUCUCCCAGCCUGGCUUUCCCAAAACGAUGGAACUGCCGCGCUAACAAAGGAUUUAUUUCAGUAGUAAUG